CGGGGCACGGUGGGAAGAGUGUCUGUAGCAGGAUGCUGCCGGCAGUACUCAUCGAGUCGUGAAUAAUGAGGUAUCAACACCCAUAGCUAUAAAGAUCGAAAUGGUCGCCUGACAUUCUCUAGCAUCCGCCCAAGUUCGCGCUCACCUACUGAAUCAUGUCUCAACUCCAAGACCUCACCCGCUGCCUCCUAGCCGCCGGUUACGCCGCGCACCCCGAUGGGCAAAGCACGUACCUGCUCUACACCAACGCCGGCACUCUCGUAAUGAAGCAGUGGACGGGUGACUCCUUUGGCAAGGAGGAGCUCGUCGCAACGGCUGUCCGUCCCGAGUCGGCGGCUGCCAUCCUGCCCGACCCUGAGGACAGCCUCAUAUUCGCUAUCACACCCUCCUCCACCCUUGCAGCCUUCCAGUACGAUGAGGAUUGGAGGGAGUGGGCGGAAAACUGUUGAUGAUCAAACUGAAGUGGGAUCUAAUCUAUGCUGCCACCGUCAUUUCGGAGCUUAAAUACUGUGACAUUUUCACAAUGGCGCCAGAGGACCCACUACAAGCAG